UGUGAAACGCCCAAACUUAAAAACCGUUUUGAACAUACCGAUUGGGAUUUAAAGAUGUUUGACUAGUCCUUGUCAUUGCAGUUUCACCAUGUGAGCAACGUACUACACCAUUCGCGUCCAUAGGACUCGUCGACUGCGUAUGCGGUUGGCUGGAGGACAUGAUGAUGGUGACUCAUUUGAAUUUUGAUAAGGGCUUGGCUGUAACUCUCCUCAACUCGUGCUUGUCGCGUUGCGGGCUUGUUCACUGUAUCGGAUAACGUUCAUGAUGGCGGCCACGUCUCAAUCGCAAGGGAAUGCUUCCUUGAUUUCUGUUACCUCAAAAUAUGUCGCGCCGUCGGAUCCAUCCUUGCCUGCCCUGGCCUUGCAAAUUACUAGCCUUGUGGGCUCAUACAUGAUUUGGGUUGGUGUUACGAAUCAACCACCAGAGUCUGUGCAGAACGCAGCCUGCUCUGGUGUGCUUUGCAGAGAUUGGGCAUGUGCUAUGCCCGCACCACCCGGUCAUGCAGGCUUUGGACCUGCAACUUCCCUGUUCCGAUCAUCAAGUUCUGAUGUAUCUUUCUCGAUGGCGCAGCGUCUUGCACGGAGGUUUCAUCGACAGAUAUUCUUAUCGGUUGAUGUGCCUGCUACCCUGUUAUCAACACCACGGGGAUCACAUCUGUUGUUUGAUGCAGAGAAAGGCAUAGUUACUGCCCUCAACAACCUUGGAGAUGAGCACGGCCAAGAGGUAUCAUAAUUUUUGCCCUAUUACAGUUUCCAUCUUUGUGGCCCCAACCAAUUUGCUGUGCAGAGCAUGUGUGAGGGGGCAUGUCAUAAUGUGGGUGGCGGAUUUCAUCUGGGUGCCGUAUAAUACAAAUCAUGCUGUCAAAUGUCGUUGGUGAGUACUGAUCUCGCCACGGAGGUAACCCCUGGCCACGUGUUGUAGUGGGUCUAGAGGCCACUUGGAUAAAACUCGUGUUGGCACAAAGUUGGCACAGUAGCAAUUUUUUAUGAAUGA